AAUGAUAACGAAAAUUCGAGCUCGACUGACUAGAGCAAAGUCUAAAUUUCAGUUUUAGAUAUUACUACGACCCCCCUUGGCUUAUUACGUGAUUAAAAAUGCAAUCAAUGAGAGAUAAAAUAUCUGAUAAUGUAUGAAAUAUCCAUUAUUGGUACGAACAAUAAAUGAAUAUUAUUUGUUAAAAUGGCUGCCGUAAUUAAGACCUCUCACCGGUUGUGUUUCUUGGGCACCAAAUUGUCCUCUUCCAUCAGAAGCUUUUCGUUGAGUAGUAAUAGUUUAGCUGCGAAAUAUUUCACAAAAAAGCACGAAUGGGUGUCAGUCGACCAAAAUAUAGGAACAGUUGGGAUAUCAGACUAUGCUCAAAAAGCUUUGGGAGAUGUUGUAUACGUUCAGUUACCUGAUAUUGGAGCUACAGUAACUACUUCAGAGGAAUGCGGUGCUUUGGAAAGCGUCAAAGCUGCCAGCGAAUUAUACUCGCCAGUUAGUGGUGAAGUUACUGAAGUCAAUGAGCUAUUGGAGAACAAGCCGGAACUUGUGAAUAAAUCGUGUUAUAAUGAUGGGUGGUUAUUCAAAUUAAAACUGAAAGAUAUCAAAGAAUUAGAUAGUUUGAUGUUAGAACAAGAUUACGAAAAAUUUUUAAAAACAGAAUCAUCAGACUGAUGUUUUUUUUUUUGUUAAACAUUUGUUAAAUUUACAUUUGUUAUAAUAAAUACGAAAAUGCUCUAUAAA